AUGGCAUGCAAACUGCUCCAAACCCCCUUCACAGUACAAAAUCUCUUAACUUCCAAACUACAGGACAGGGCUAAGGACCCAAGAUGGAAGGACAUCGAUAUGAACAGAGAAAGCGAUCAGUACGAUGUAGUUAUAGUCGGUGGAGGACCAAGUGGAAUGUCCGCUGCAAUUCGACUGAAACAACUUGCGGAGAAAGAUGGAAAAGAUGUGAGAGUUUGUGUGGUAGAAAAAGCUCCCGAAGUAGGCGCUCACAUUCUUUCGGGAGCUGUGAUUGAGACUAAGGCACUCGACGAACUGUUCCCUAACUGGAAAGAGAUGGGAGCUCCCGUUUUUCAACAAGUCACGUCAGAAUCCGUGGCUCUUCUUACGAAAAACAGACGCAUCCCGAUUCCGAUGUUUCCUGGCAUGCCCCUCUACAACCACGGUAAUUAUAUUGUUCGUCUUGGUAACCUUGUGCGAUGGUUAGGAGAACAAGCGGAGGCUGCAGGUGUCGAAAUCUGGCCUGGCGUAGCCGCUUCUGAGGUACUUUACAACGAAGACGGUAGCGUGAAAGGAAUAGCCACAAAUGAUGUUGGUAUUGCCAAGGAUGGGUCUCCAAAGGAGAGCUUUGCUCGGGGAAUGGAGCUGCAUGGGAAGUGUACGAUAUUCGCGGAAGGGUGCCGUGGUCAUCUUACCAAACAAAUUCUGGAGAAGUUCAAACUGGCGAUGGACCAGUACGGCGGCUCAUUCAUAUACCAUAUCGCUGACGAGGGACUGCCCCUGGCUCAAGUCGGUUUCGUGGUUGCCCUGGACUAUAAGAACACGUAUAUCAAUCCUUUCCAGGAGUUCCAAAGAUGGAAGACUCAUCCAUCGAUUCGAAAACACUUCGAAGGAGGCAAAAGGUUGGGAUAUGGUGCGCGCGCUCUAAAUGAAGGAGGAUUCCAGACCGUACCGAAAUUAACGUUCCCUGGUGGUUGUCUUGUUGGUUGUACUGCUAGCACGUUGAAUGUUGCAAAGUUAAAAGGAGUGCACGUUGCUAUGAAAACUGGAAUGUUGGCCGCCGAUUCUAUCUACCCAGAAAUCAAGGAGGAAGUUUCGUGUAUCACACCCAGCACUUACACGGAAGCCUUUGAGAACAGCUACGUUUAUAAGGAACUGAAGGCAACUCGUAAUAUACGUCCCUCUUUCAACACCGGAAUGGGCUGGUUGGGCGGUUUGAUGUACUCCGGUAUGUUUUAUGUGUUGGGACGGGGCAAAGAACCUUGGACACUCCAUCAUGGUAAGAAGGAUAAUGAAAAGCUCAAGAAGAAGGAGGAGUGUAAGCCAAUAGAGUAUCCAAAACCCGACAACAAAAUCACAUUUGAUUUGUUAUCAUCUGUAUCGCUUACCGGAACAAUUCACGAAGAAAACCAACCCGCUCACCUUACGCUCAAAAAUGAUGAGGUUCCAGAGAAAAUUAAUUUGAAAAUAUAUGACGGUCCCGAACAACGAUUUUGCCCUGCUGGCGUCUAUGAGUAUGUUCCUCAAGAAAACAAUCCGUCAGAAAUGCGCUUACAAAUCAAUGCUGCAAAUUGUAUCCAUUGCAAAACUUGUGAUAUCAAGGAUCCCACUCAGAAUAUCAAUUGGGUAACACCGGAGGGAGGAGAAGGGCCUAAGUAUUCCGGAAUGUAA